CGUUCCUCCCCUCCGAGGCCCCGUUUGACCUAUGACCCCACGACGUAGUGCGUCUCCCCCGGCCGGAACACGUGGUAGGUUCGGCCGGCUGAAGGCGUGGAAGAAUGGCGGAGCCGCGCGUGGUGCCCAGCGACCUGUUCCCGCUCGUGUUCGCCUUUCUGCGCGACAACCACUUCGAGAGGGCGGCGCGGGCCUUCGGCAGGGCGGCCGGAGUGACAGACCAGGAUCCUAAUGCUGCUUCUCUCUUGGAUGUCUUCAACUACUGGCUGAAAUCCCCUGAUGCUAAGAAACGGAAGGCUGUUCCCAAUGGACCCCCUGCAAAGAAGUCCAAGAAAGAAUCUUCCUCAAGCAGUGAUGAGAGCUCCAGUGAAGAAGAUGAGAAAACCACAGCCAAGAAGCCAGCAGCUAAGUCAGCGCCUGUGCCGAAGGUGAUAGCAAAGGCAGUGCCUCCUGCCAAAAAAGCAGAGAGCAGCAGUGAGGACUCCAGCGAUGAUUCGGACUCUGAGGAGGAAGAAAAGAAGCCAGCACAGAAGGUAACCAAAGCCCAGGCCAAGCUAGCUGCCACCAAAACCCAGCCCCAGAAGAAGACUAAGAGCUCCUCCAGCUCAGACUCCAGCAGUUCAGAGGAUGAAAGACCGAAGAAACAGCCACUGAAGCAAGUGGCGGCUAAAACAGCAGCAAAAUCAGCAGGAAGUAAAGCUGCCUGCAAAGCGGCCAAUGGCAAGGCAGAAAGCAGCAGCAGCAGCAGUAGCAGUAGUGAGGAUUCUGACAAGGAAAAAGUGGCAUCAGCAAAGGCUGUUCCCAAGAAAACACCACUGCCCAAACCUUCAGCCGCCCAGGUGCCCCCAGGUAAAGCCAGAGCCCCUGCCAAAGAGAGCUCCAGCAGUGAGGACUCUUCUGACAGCUCAGAGGAUGAAAAGCCAGCCUCAAAAUCAAAGCCGAAACCUGGUCCAUACAGUGCAGUGCCACCCCCAAAGGUCACGGAGCCAAGAAAGGGCAAAGCAAAGCCCUCUCUUGCAAAGGCUCCUGGGAAAAAAGCCGAGAGCAGUGACUCCUCAGACAGCAGCUCGGACAGCAGUGAUGAAAUGGAGCAGGCGCCCAAGAAGGGAACGACAGCCAAAGCAAGUCUAGCUAAAAAAAAAUCUGCCUCAGCACCCACUGUUGUGACCAAGAAGGGUGGAUCCAGUUCGGACAGUGACUCUGAUUCCAGCUCUGAGGAAGAGAAGGUAGCGACCAAGCUCACUGCCAAAUCACUUGCAGCGAAGGGUCCUGCCAAACAGGCGAAGAGUCCUGCCAAGCCAGGACAAGCAAAGAAAGGCUCCAGCUCCUCCUCGGACAGCUCAGAUUCUGACAGUUCUGAGGAUGAGACCCCUGCAAAGCCUGCAGCCAAACCAGCUCCACCUGCAGCCAAGAAGCCUGCUGCUGUGGCAAAGAAAGCCCAGAGCAGCUCUGACUCAGAUAGCAGCUCCAGCAGCUCUGAGGAAGAGAAGAAAGCCCCUCCAGCUAAGACAGCUAAGCCAGGGUCCAAACCCUGCACCCUGGGCCCCAAAGCCAGCAGCUCAGAUUCUGACAGCUCAAGCAGUGAGGAGGAGAAGAGCAAACCAGCAGUGAAACCAGCCAGCAAAUCACCAGGGGGCACUAAAGCUGCUGCAGGGAAGAAAGCAGCUGCCGCUAGCAGUAGCAGCAGCUCAUCUGACAGUUCCAGUGAUGAUGAUGGGAAGCCCACAACAGCAGGGACUCCAGUUGCCGGGUUGAAGCCAGGGAAAGGGGCGCAGAACAGCUCCAGCUUGGUGAAAGAGAAACCAAAGGCUUCAUCCACACCUGCAGCCAAAUCCCCAGCUACAAAGAAGCCAGAGCCUAAGCCAGCUGGUGGCAGUGAGAGUAGCUCUGAGAGCUCCAGUGAGGAGCAGGGAAAAGCAAAUGGAGCAGGCUCGAUUAAAAAGAAGCGGAAGAGCAAAGAUGACCAGGAAUUGGAGACACCAGACAGUAAGAAGAUUAAGACCAAGCCACACUCAUUUCCCAAAGUGAAGCAGCCAGCUGUUCCAUUCCGAAGAGUGAGAGAGGAAGAGAUUGAAGUGGAUUCCCGUGUAGCUAACAAUUCAUUCGAUGCAAAGAAAGGAGCUGCAGGCGACUGGGGAGAAAAGGCCCACAAUGUACUGAAAUUCACCAAAGGCAAAUCCUUCCGCCAUGAGAAGACAAAGAAGAAAAGAGGCAAUUACUGCGGAGGUGCUAUUUCUACCCAGGUCAAUUCCAUCAAGUUUGAAAGUGACUGAGCUUCAGUUGGCUUGGGAGUCCAUACCCCAUCCAUCCCCCAAAGCCAGCUGGAUGUGCAUGUGAACAGAAUGGACAUGGUAGACCCCAAUCCUGCCUGGAACUUAAUCCUCCCUGCUGUCUUGUGGGGAGAAGGUAGCCCUUGCCAUAGGAUGUGGAAGAGCGGCUGGAUGCUCCCACAUUAUUUCUGACUAAUUCUGGCAUAGCACCUGGUAAGAGCCUUCUUAGAGCUGGUGACACCAGAUCCUACCCGGGUGUCCUAAUUUUGUACAGUUUUAUUUUAAAAGGCUGGUGGUGCCAUGGAGUUCAGGUUCCCACCCACCUUGUAAAGCAAAGAAAAUUUAUAUUUUCCAUGAA